AGCCCCUGCCCAUCGCGGCCGAUGAUUGGUGGGCUGCCCCGCGUUAUUUGCAUGCCGGUGGCGGCAGAGUACCUAGCCGGUGCGGGCGGCAGGCGCCGCGCAGAAGUUUGCUGAGUGCUUCCUCGCCGGUCGGUUCUGUACUCGCACAGCUCUCGGAGCCGCCUCCUUCUGCUGCCGCCGCCCUGUUCUCUCGGGAUUCCUUCUCUGCGGAAGAUAGACGCUUUGCUUGAGGGAAGUUGAAGUGGGCUAGGGGGAGUGCCGAGGAGGAGCGGCGGGGGGCCUUUCCAGUGACGGCUUCGAGUCCAGACGCCGGGAGCGUGGGGCUCCGGCCGCCGCGAAUCUCGCCCACCUUCCCGCGGCCGCCGGGCGGGCGGGCGGGCGGGCAAUGCGGCCGCCGAGGCCCGCGGCGCCGAGAGGAGAGAGGGCGCCCCGGAGAGCCUAGAGCUUGUUUCUGCCCACUGGGGGAAGGACGCAUGGAGUUGUGAGCACCUCUCGCUCGGCGAGGCCGCCCCGGGCAGGCUCCCCAUGGCCGGGACGUACAGCUCCACCUUGAAGACUCUGGAGGACUUGACCUUGGACUCCGGGUAUGGGGCCGGGGACUCGUGCCGCUCGCUCAGCCUCUCGUCCUCCAAGUCCAACUCGCAGGCGAUCAACUCUUCGGCGCAGCAACACCGCGGGGCGGCCUGGUGGUGCUACUCCGGCUCCAUAAACAGCCGCCACAACAGCUGGGACACGGUGAACACGGUGCUGCCCGAGGACCCCGAAGUGGCCGACCUCUUCUCGCGCUGCCCGCGCCUCCCCGAGCUGGAGGAGUUCCCCUGGACCGAGGGAGACGUGGCCCGGGUGCUUCGCAAAGGUGCUGGCGGCCGGCGGCAGCCCCUGUUCUCCGCCGAGGCGGUUAGGCGCCUGGCGGGGCUGCUCCGCCGAGCGCUCAUCCGUGUGGCCCGCGAGGCGCAGCGCCUGAGCGUGCUGCACUCCAAGUGCACCCGCUUCGAGGUGCAGAGCGCCGUGCGCCUUGUGCACAGCUGGGCGCUGGCCGAGAGCUGCUCACUGGCCGCCGUCAAGGCGCUGUCCCUGUACAGCAUGAGCGCGGGCGACGGGCUGCGCCAGGGCAAGUCGGCGCGCUGCGGCCUCACCUUUUCGGUUGGCCGCUUUUUCCGCUGGAUGGUGGACACCCGCAUCUCCGUGCGCAUCCACGAGUAUGCGGCCAUCUCGCUCACCGCCUGCAUGGAGAAUCUGGUGGAGGAGAUCCGGGCCAGGGUGCUGGCCAGCCAGAGCCCCGACGGCGGAGGGGCCGGAGGCGGGGAGGUGUCCGCUGAGGCCCUGGAGAUGGUCAUCAACAAUGACGCCGAGCUCUGGGGCGUCCUGCAGCCCUAUGAGCAUCUCAUCUGCGGCAAGAACGCCAAUGGUGUCCUCUCCCUCCCUGCGUACUUCAGUCCCUACAACGGCGGGUCCCUGGGCCACGACGAGCGCGCCGAUGCCUACGCGCAGCUGGAGCUCCGGACCCUGGAGCAGUCCCUCCUGGCCACCUGUGUGGGGAGCAUCUCGGAGCUGAGCGACCUGGUCUCCCGCGCCAUGCACCACAUGCAGGGGCGCCGCCCGCUGGGUCCUGGCUCCAGCCCCGCCCGCCAGGCCCGUCAGCCACCCCAGCCCAUCACCUGGUCCCCUGACGCCCUCCACACGCUCUACUACUUCCUGCGGUGUCCACAGAUGGAGUCCAUGGAGAACCCCAACCUGGACCCCCCGAGGAUGGCCCUGAACAACGAACGGCCCUUCAUGCUGCUGCCGCCGCUGAUGGAGUGGAUGCGCGUGGCCAUCACCUACGCGGAGCACCGCCGCAGCCUCACCGUGGACAGCGGCGACAUCCGGCAGGCGGCGCGGCUGCUGCUGCCCGGCCUGGACUGUGAGCCCCGGCAGCUCAAACCCGAAUGCUGUUUCAGUUCCUUCCGGAGGCUGGAUGCCCCAGCGGCUACUGAAAAAUUCAACCAGGACCUGGGUUUCCGCAUGCUCAACUGCGGGAGGACAGACCUCAUCAGCCAGGCGAUCGAGGCCCUGGGUCCCGACGGGGUGAACACCAUGGAUGACCAGGGUAUGACGCCGCUGAUGUAUGCCUGUGCUGCUGGGGAUGAAGCGAUGGUCCAGAUGUUAAUUGAUGCUGGAGCAAACUUGGACAUCCAGGUUCCAAGCAACUCUCCCAGGCACCCCUCCAUCCACCCUGACAGCCGGCACUGGACCUCACUGACAUUUGCUGUCCUACAUGGACACAUCUCUGUGGUCCAGGUGAGCUCCUGCCAGUUGCUGCUGGAUGCUGGUGCCCACGUGGAGGGCUCGGCAGUGACCGGUGGCGAGGACAGCUAUGCAGAGACACCCCUGCAGCUGGCUUCUGCAGCCGGGAACUACGAACUGGUCAGCUUGCUGCUCAGCCGGGGCGCCGACCCCCUCCUUAGCAUGCUCGAGACCAACGGCAUGGCCUCCUCCCUCCACGAGGAUAUGAACUGCUUCAGCCACUCAGCCGCCCACGGCCACAGGAACGUCCUGAGGAAGCUCCUGACGCAGCCGCAGCAGGCCAAAGCAGACGUGCUGUCCCUGGAGGAGAUCCUGGCUGAGGGCGUGGAGGAAAGCGAUGCGUCGAGCCAGGGCAGUGGCAGCGAGGGGACCGUGAGGCUGAGCCGGACGCGCACCAAGGCCCUCCAGGAGGCCAUGUACUACAGCGCGGAGCACGGCUACGUGGACAUCACCAUGGAGCUGCGGGCACUAGGCGUCCCCUGGAAGCUACACGUCUGGAUCGAGUCUCUGAGGACGUCCUUCUCCCAGUCUCGGUACUCGGUGGUGCAGAGCCUCCUGCGGGAUUUCGGCUCCAUCAAGGAGGAGGAAUACAACGAGGAGCUGGUGACCGAGGGCUUGCAGCUCAUGUUCGACAUCCUCAAGACCAGCAAGAACGACUCUGUCAUCCAGCAGCUGGCUGCCAUCUUCAUGCACUGCUACGGCAGCAGCCCUAUUCCCAGCAUCCCUGAGCUGCGCAAGACCCUGCCGGCCAGGCUAGAUCCUCACUUUUUGAACAACAAGGAGAUGUCGGAUGUGACCUUCCUUGUGGAAGGAAAGCUGUUUUAUGCACAUAAAGUCCUGCUGGUGACAGCUUCUAACAGGUUCAAGACACUGAUGACCAAUAAAUCAGAGCAAGAUGGCGACAGCAGCAAAACCAUUGAGAUCGGUGACAUGAAGUACCACAUUUUUCAGAUGAUGAUGCAGUAUCUGUACUACGGGGGAACAGAAUCCAUGGACAUCCCCACCGGCGAUAUCCUGGAGCUGCUGUCAGCUGCCAGCUUGUUCCAGCUGGACGCCCUGCAGCGGCACUGCGAGAUCCUGUGCUCCCAGACCCUGAGCGUGGAGAGCGCCGUGAACACCUACAAGUAUGCCAAGAUCCACAGCGCCCCCGAACUGGCCCUGUUCUGUGAGGGCUUCUUCCUCAAGCACAUGAAGGCCCUGCUCGAGCAGGACUCCUUCCGGCAGCUCAUCUAUGGCCGCAGCAGCAAAGUGCAGGGCCUGGACCCCCUGCAGGACCUGCAGAGCACCCUGGCGGAGCGCGUGCACUCUCUCUACGUCACCUCACGUGUGUGAGGUUGGGGGAUGGCUGGCUCUGGGCCAGGCUCUGUCUGCCAGGCAUCCUAGCGGGUGGGAAGGGCCGGGAGCAAGUGCUUCCCGGGGUGCCUGGGCCAGCACGUAGCCGGGGCCUGUGGACACGCUGGGGCGCUGCUGGGUGGAGGCUGGUUACAGGCCCUCUUGGAGCCAGACCUGGGCAGGCCCAGAACUAACCACUGGCUCAACCAGUGAUGGGCCAAGGGCAGGUGUGGCCAAAAGGUGGCUCUUCCCCCAACCCCUCCCCGACACCUACGGCUCGCACCUUGAGGGCCGCCAUGCACUCACCCUCACGUGAUCCUGAUUCAGCUCUGCUCGACACAGCUUCAGAUCGUGCCCUCCCCCUGGGGCCUCAGGCAGCUCAGACUGUCCAAACUGGGGCUCUUCGGGGGUGUGGGCAUCCUUAUGAGUGUACAGAACGUAUGUUCUGUCUGGGCCCCGGGCCAUUUCAGUCAAAACUUGGUAUUUUCCCUCAAUGUCACGUCCGAAAGGCUGCCCAAACCCUGAACUUAUUUAUUCAGGGCUGUGCCUUUGAAAGACGCGUGGGCCUCCAGGGGGCCGGGGAUCGUGCACAGAGGGUCACUUGGAGUCCGUUCUCUUGGUGUCUGGCCUCCUUUGGAGUCGGGGUCGGGCCAGUGCGGGGGGAGUCGCCGUCCUGCUCAGAGAGUGGUUGGCAGAAGGCAGUUCGUUCCCCUGAACGCCUUUAACGCUUUUGGUCUGAGCCAAGAGUGGCGUGGGGUACAGUGGAGGAGCCUGGUGGCCUCAGCUUUUGUUGCUGCUGUUUUCAGGGUCGAUGCUGAAAUCCCAAGCCUAGAAUUAGGCUGCCUCUGUGGGCUCCGGAGGCAGAGCCCCAAACGGCCCCCCUGGUCCAGUUUCUCCAGUGAAAAAGUCCUUUAAUUUGGAUUGGAGAGCAGGGCCCACACUUCCCACUGGGAACUGCGGGUCUUAGGGACUUAAAGGACGGGGCAGGGGUGGAAGGGAAGGACUGGGAGAGGAGGCCCUUCUACUUCUUCCCCGCUACCUGCCCCUGACAUUCUGCAGGCUCCAGGCUCCCCUGGGGUGGAGACACAUCGUUGGGCCUAGACCCUUGUCGUAUUUAUGGGCCAGACACUGGGGGCACCUUCUGGACAGCUUGUGCUGGAUGUCGCCUUCAGCUGUCUGGCCGUACCUUAGAAACUAUUUAUUCACCAGAAGCCCCAGGCACUUUAGGAGGUGUCACUUCGGUCACCUUGAAAAACCCCUGGGGGCUUGCAACCGUGGAAAAUAUUUUCAACUAGCUGCUUGAGCUGGAUGUACAAAGGAAUAGGCGUUAUUUUAUUGCUGUAAUAUUGUACGAUACUGUAACUAUAUAUUAAUGUUGUCACUUAUUGUAAAUGUACUAUGGUUUUAUUAACAAUAAACACUUGUUAACAAUGA